ACAGGUCAAGAAGCCAAACAUAACGCCUCAUAUCUCUCUCUCUUCCUCUCUCUCUCCAGAAUGGACAAUGUGGCACUGUUCUUGACCGGCGCUCUCAUCGCCGGCGGUUUUUACUGGUUCGUCUGCCUCCUUGGUCCGGCGGAGCAAAAGGGCAAACGCGCCGUCGAUCUCUCCGGCGGCUCCAUCUCCGCCGAGAAGGUCCAAGACAACUACAACAAGUACUGGUCCUUCUUCUUCCGACCAAAGGAGAUUGAGACCACCGACAAGGUCCCUGACUUUGUAGACACAUUCUACAAUCUCGUCACCGACAUAUACGAGUGGGGAUGGGGACAAUCCUUUCACUUCGCUCCCUCCAUCCCCGGAAAAUCCCACGGUGACGCCACGCGUCUCCACGAGGAGAUGGCCAUAGAUCUGAUCGAUGUCAAGCCAGGCGAGAAGAUUCUCGACGUGGGUUGCGGCGUUGGGGGCCCGAUGCGUGCGAUUGCGGCUCACUCGCGGGCUAAGGUUGUCGGAAUCACCAUUAACGAGUACCAGGUGAGCAGGGCGCAUAUCCACAACAAAAAAGCCGGUCUCGACAGCCUCUGCGAGGUUGUCUGCGGCAACUUCCUCCAGAUGCCGUUUUCCGACAACAGCUUCGACGGCGCGUACUCGAUCGAGGCAACUUGUCACGCGCCGAGGCUCGAGGAGGUCUACGCUGAGAUCUUCAGGGUGUUGAAGCCCGGCUCGAUGUACGUGUCAUACGAGUGGGUGACGACGGACAAGUACCAGUCGGAGAAUUCGGAGCACGUGGAGAUCAUCCAGGGGAUCGAGAGGGGAGAUGCUUUGCCUGGUCUGAGGAAAUUCUCCGACAUAGCCGAGACGGCAAAGAAAGUGGGCUUCGAGGUGGUGAAGGAGAAGGAUCUGGCCUUACCGCCGGCGAAUCCGUGGUGGACAAGGCUUAAGAUGGGUCGGAUCGCGUACUGGAGAAACCACAUUGUCGUGAAGAUUCUCUCCGCCAUUGGAGUAGCUCCAAAAGGAACCGUCGAUGUUCACGAGAUGCUCUUCAAGACGGCGGAUUACUUGACCAGAGGAGGUGAAACCGGAAUCUUCACGCCGAUGCAUAUGAUUCUCUGCAGGAAACCAGAGGUCCCGAUGACUACUCCGCCGUCAGCGAGUUCCUGAAAAGGUAAACCUCCGCCCGCCGCCGCCGGGAGAAUAUUCUCUGUUUCGGUCCCUCUUUGUUUCUUAAUAUCCGUUUUUGCCCCAUACUUUUCUUAUUUUUGGUUCACUUUCAAAUCAAUCGUUGGAAUCGGUGUACGUUUCUUCUUUCUUUUUUCGUCUAUUAUUAAUCCCGUUUUUAAUUUAAUUAAUUUUCCUUAAUGUUA